AUGCCUCUUCUUUCCCGCCUCCCCCAACGAGGGAGGGGAUACUGCUAUAGUGGCAGGAAGAGCCUGGGCACCACCGCGGUGCUGGCGAGGGAGAAGCGGUGGGACAGCAGCAGCGGCGACUCCGGGUCGGACUCGGACGACGUCGCUGUCGCUGCCCCGCGGCCCUCCGCCCGCGCCGGCGCAAGACCGUGGUUUCCGCCCCCUCCCACCACGGCGCAGGUGCAGCACAAGCGUGUGCGGGUCGUCGAGCAGCGGAUACCAGUGCACCCGCUGCCGGUGUUGCCCGAGGUGGUCGUCGCAUCCCCGGCGGGGCCUGCGUCUCCGGGCGGCGACCAUCAAACAACCACAACGCCGACGACGCCGGCGAGCGACGACCGGCUCACCGGCAGACCCCUCGCGCGAGGCAAGUCGAAACGGAGGACGAUUAUGGAGUUUAUCGACGGGUGGUGGGAUCUCGGGCUGCUGGAGCAGCAGAGGCAGACGAUGCUCGCCCGCGCCGCUUCCCGGAAGAAGUGA